AGAAAAAAUUUAUUAACAUUUUUUUAAACAAAUAAGCUAAUUAAAAAUAUAACAUUUAAAAACGUAUGCUGAGAGAGCUUUGCUAAAAAAACUCUUAAGAAAAUAUUAUAAUAUCUUGUGAAGGACAUGUACAAAUGCAAUCGGAUAAGAUAUACGAAGAUAUGAGUAACAUAAACAAGGAAAUGACUUAAGAAGAAUCGUGCUAAGGUGCUCGCUACUUAACCUCACGUUAACCGAUCUUAUUCUUCAAGAAGAAUUUGUUCGGAGAAAUUAGUCAGCAAAAUCACAUCAAAAUUUCCAUCAUAAAUUGUGCAGAGAUGGAGAGUGCGAGCACACCGAGCACGCUGAUGGAGUUGAAAACACGAAGACAGAUAUUCAAGCCGCAAAUAUCAACCUUAGAUACGAGAAGAAGGCAAGCUGUUUGCGUAAGAAGAGCCUUCAAAAAAUAUGGAUCCAAAAAUAAUCCCCACAUCGUCCUGGAUGGUCUCAACAUGACCGUGCCAAAGGGUGUUAUUUAUGGGCUUCUUGGUGCCAGCGGUUGUGGAAAGACCACUUUACUGUCGUGCAUUGUUGGCCGAAGACGUUUAAAUUCCGGUGAAAUAUGGGUACUAGGAGGUCGACCGGGCUCUAAAGGAUCUGGUGUGCCCGGUCCCCGAGUCGGCUACAUGCCGCAGGAGAUCGCGCUUUAUGGCGAAUUCUCUAUUCGGGAAACGUUUAUCUAUUUCGGCUGGUGUGCCGGUAUGACGACGGAACAAGUGGAUGAUAAGUUGAUUUUUUUGCUCAAGUUUUUGCAAUUACCGUCCGAAAAUCGUUUCGUCAAAAAUUUGUCAGGCGGCCAGCAAAGGAGAGUAUCCUUAGCGGCUGCCAUUCUAGCCGAUCCUGAACUCUUGAUUUUGGAUGAGCCGACAGUUGGAGUAGACCCCAUUCUCCGUCAGAGCAUCUGGGAUUAUCUGGUGCAAAUGACCAAGGAUGGCAACAAGACCAUCAUCAUUACUACGCACUACAUCGAAGAGACUAGACAAGCCAACAUCAUCGGCCUUAUGAGAAAUGGCAAGUUUCUCGCGGAGGAGUCGCCGUCGAAGCUAAUGGAGAUGCAUCGAUUAGAUACUUUGGAAGAAGUCUUCUUGAAGCUGAGCAAAAGGCAGAAUCUAGGAUUAAGAAGGAGAAGUAGUAUUCUGAGUAGUAUAACGGGCGUUCCGCCGGAAAACUCGAAUGACGUGGACGAGAUGAGUGGCGAAUUUGGUGAUAACGUGAGCAUAUCUAGUCGACGGAAAAGUGUAAUCAUUGUAGAUGACGGCAAUUUGCCAGGAUUGCCACCGGAAGAAGAAGGUGACUCGUCAAAGUACUCUGUAAUCAAUCUAAAGCACAUGAAGGCUCUUAUCUGGAAGAACUUCCUGUGGAUGUGGCGAAACGUCGGGAUAAUGAUGUUCAUCUUUGGUCUACCAGUCGGUCAAAUAAUCCUCUUCUGCCUUUCCAUUGGUAAAGAUCCUAUGGGAUUAAAAUUAGCCAUUGUCAACAAUGAACUCAACAACAGCAUGCAACCGUGCAUUCCUGGAACCGGGUGCGGUGGGUCGGGACUGAGCUGUCGAUAUCUUGAGCAUUUGCAGAGGAAAACCUUACGGCUGUUACCCUAUGACAGUGAGGAUGAAGCCAGAAAUGCCGUGACGAAGGGAUGGGCGUGGGGCGCUAUAACGUUUCCGUCCAAUUAUUCCGACGCUCUCAUGGCGAGAGUGAAUAAUGGCAGAGAUACCGCGGACUGGGACGUUGACUUCUCGGAGAUGAAAAUCGUGUUGGAUAUGUCCAAUCAACAGAUAGGGCAAUUACUACAGAGGGACUUACUUUAUGCAUAUCAAGAUUUCGCGCGGGAGGUCACUGUAGCCUGCAAUUAUAGCGAUAAAGUAACGAGCAUACCUAUAAAUUUCAAAACACCAGUCUAUGGACCUCAGGAUCCUAACUUCACGGAUUUCGCAGCGCCUGGGAUAAUACUAACAAUCCUUUUCUUUCUCUCAGUCGCAUUAACGUCGGGCUCCAUGUUGUUGGAGAGAAACGAGGGUUUGUUGGAAAGAAGCCUCGUGUCGGGUCUUACUGGCACGGAGAUUCUCUUCGGCCAAGUGAUCACGCAGUUCAUCGUGGUGCUCGGGCAAUGUACGAUGGUCCUCGUUGUCGCAUUCGCGAUCUUCAAUAUCACCUGCGAAGGCGAUAUCGGCUGGAUCUCUUUAUUGAACAUCCUCACUGGUGUCUGCGGCAUGAGCUUCGGAUUUGUAAUUGCCAUUAUUUGUGACAACGAAAGGAGCGCCACAUACAUGGCAAUGGGCUCUUUUCUUCCAAUUGUGAUGUUGUGUGGCAUUAUCUGGCCUAUCGAGGGCAUGCAUCCCAUAUUAAAAUGUAUUAGCUUUCUGUUACCUCUGACGAAGAGCACAGAGUCAUUGAGAGCGAUGCUGGCCAGAGGCUGGACGAUAACAGAACCGACGGUUUAUUACGGAUUUAUUGCCACUUUCCUUUGGAUCAGCGUCUUUAUGAGUCUGUCAAUACUAUUACUUAAAUUUAAGAAAGGUUAAUUUUAAGGAAAAUGAAAAUAAUUUUAUAAA